AUGGCCGCCGUUGGGAUCAGACGUGCUUUGUCUGAGCUCCCACUCCGAGGCACAAAUUGCAGGUUAAUCGAGCCGGGCAAACUACACAGACGAACACACAGACCCCCGCCAGCUGCGGUGAGUGGAGAUACCAUCUAAGACCCAGUUCUGAGCCGGCAGUAACCCGACAGGGGUACGGAGCCUGGUGGGGCUUGAGCCGGGAGGAGACAGCCGCUCUCCUGGGUCUCCAGCCGGCGGUGUGCUCCCCCCACCCUCUGGACCGGAUGGGUCAUCCCGGUCUGCAGGAGCAUAAACCGGUGCACCAACCCAAGCCUAAACAACAGCCCUGGUGAGGACAAUCCGCUGGGCGACAACUCGCAAGAUGGCCACCGCAAGCCAGCCAUGUGCGCGGGCCGCCAAUGGGGCCGACCUGAAGCUUACCUGAAAGCGAGGAAAUUAACAGAGCACAUGGGAAAAGGGCCCUCAAUCCGCCAGCUUCCUACAGCGAAGCAGGGUUUAUGGAGGCGGCAAAUGAAAUCCUGUUGCACCGUCAUGGAAAUGCCCGCAGUAGCACAUACCACAACGACGCAGACCCUACCCUGACAGUGGGGACCACCCAAGAAGCCGAGAUGGAGAGCAGCUGGGAAGAAUACUGA